AUGGCGCCGAAAGCUGUCUCUCCGGGGGCCAACCUCCUCCGCCAGUCGCGGCUCUUCGCUAUGCCAAAGCCCCUCCCCCCACCAUUAACCCUCCGCCUAGGACACCAAGAGCCAGCACCAUACCCAACCGUCCAAGCAAUAACCGCCCCGACUUCCUCACGGGUCCGCGGGAACUGGGGACUGAAGCGCGACGCCCCGCGCAAGGUCACGCACACGACGAUGCGAGUGACAGAGCUGGACACAAUUGAGCGCUUCAUGACCUUCGAAUCCGCCAAUGACGACGUGCUCACGUUGAAGAAGUGGCAGGAGAUAGACGUACCUCUGACCAGGGGCCCCGGACUAGUAAGUGAUCUGAACAUGGCCACGCGCCAUCUGGAAUCCGUCUUCGACGAGGUCGCCGGCGGGGAGGGUUACAAGUGGAAGUAUCUCGGCCCCUUCCUCCUGGACAUGCCAGCAAACGAGUUCAAGCGGUACGUGCUGAAGAAGGUGAAGCCCCAGCGGAAAGAAUUCGAAGCCUUUGUCGCAGAGAGCAUGGCGAGGGCGCGCGGGGUGUAUGAAAGCGCCGCCACGGCCGAUGGGGAAACGGGAAACGAAAUACAAGUGAACGUGAACGAAUUGAGGGCAGACACGGGAAAAGAAACCGAAGUGAACAUGAACGAAUCGAGGGCAGACACGGGAAAGGAAACCGAAGUGAACAUGAACGAAUUGAGGGUAGGCGCGGGAAAGGAAAUAGAAGUGAACAUGAACGAAUUGAGGGCGGACAUGAUGAAGUUCCUGACCCUGGUAUCGGACUUCCUGGACCUGCCGAGGAGCGGAAGGCCCUACCGCACCCACCCAUCCGCGGGACUGCACUACAUCCGCUCGGCAGCACACAUCCCCUACGACCCCGAGCACGGCCCCCACCCCACACGUAUAGUACCUGGCCGGUCCCUCAACUCGGGUACUCCCGGCACCGGCCCCGUCGUCGGGGUCGGCGGCGUUGCGGCGAUUCUCCGCGACAAUGGCAACUACCUUAACGCCGGCCGGGCACACAACGACCGCAGACUCGUUCGCGACUACGAGCCCAGAUCCGCAUACAUUUCCAACCGCGGGCGGGUCAUGAUGGACGUUAGGCCCGCCAUGUCCUUCGAAGAGGCCACCGGGAUGAGGAGUAGGGGUGUCGGGAUGACCUGGGGCUCCUUGGAGGCCGGGUCCACGCUGGAUAGAUUGAGGGGUUUAGUUCCCCAAGGGGGAGGCAGGAUGGUGGGGGGAUGGCGUGACUGGGGCCGGGAUUCCGGGGAACAGCAGGGGGGCGGUAAUGGGGGUAGAGACGGCUUGAUCAGCCUGGUGCCUCCCACGUCCAAGUAUUCGGAGGCAUUCACGAAGCCGAGCCAGGCGAGGGCGAGCAGGGCGCCGGACAGGAGAGAGGCGAUAGAUGGUAUACUAGCCAGUCUAUCAAAA